AGCGCGGAAGAAGUGUGUCGCAGCAGCAAAAAGAAAAUAACACUUUUUUUACGACUCCUGCUGACUGACUGCGGAACAUUGCUUUCACCUUUGUGGAUUUCUUUACAUCUCACAUGUGUUUCUUUUCCUCUGCGCUGCUGUGUUUGCUGCCGCUGGUCUGAACGAGAGUUGUAACCGGACUUGAACGCGUCGCUGUGGGGUUUUUUUUUUUACUCUGGGAAAAGCAAAGCUCGGUUCGCUGGAUUUUUUGUCUCCUUCUUUUUUAAUUUGAUUCUAUUUUCUUUUUGCCGGUUUCUCUCUCCCCCCUCCUCCCCUCCCCCGUCUCCCCUAGACUCAGAACAUCCCCAGACGUGGCAUGACUGGUAUCUGGCAUCUGGACAGAAAGAUGUCAAAGCCCGCCGAUCACAUCAAGAGACCCAUGAACGCCUUCAUGGUUUGGUCCCGGGGCCAGAGGAGGAAAAUGGCUCAGGAGAAUCCCAAAAUGCACAACUCGGAGAUCAGCAAGAGGCUGGGCGCCGAGUGGAAGCUGCUCUCCGAGUCCGAGAAGAGACCGUACAUCGACGAGGCCAAGCGGCUGCGCGCUCAGCACAUGAAGGAGCACCCCGACUACAAGUACCGGCCCCGGCGCAAGCCCAAGAACCUGCUGAAGAAGGACAGGUAUGUCUUCCCUCUGCCUUACCUCGGGGACAGCGAGCACCUGAAGGGGCUUUCCAUGUCGGCCGCGGACUCCCUGCUGGGCCACUCGGAGAAAGCCCGGGCGUUCCUGCCGCACACGAGCUCCCCGUACUCCUUCCUAGACCCGAGCCAGUUCACCUCCAGCGCCAUCCAGAAGAUGACGGAGAUGCCGCACGGGUUGAGCGCAGGCUCUUUGCCGUACGCGUCCUCGUUGGGAUACCAGAACGGCGCGUUCAGCGCCCUCGGGUGCCCGAGUCAGCACACCCACACCCACCCGUCGCCUACGAACCCGGGCUACGUGGUCCCGUGCAACUGCACGGCCUGGUCAGCGUCGAGUUUACAGCCCCCGGUGGCCUACAUACUUUUUCCAGGUAUGACCAAGACUGGGAUAGACCCAUAUUCAUCCGCACAUGCCGCUGCCAUGUAACCCUCCAGACUCUUUUGUCUUUCUUUUCUUUUUUUAAAAGUCACUUGAAUACUGAAAUGCAUGUAAAUAUAUUAUGGACAGCGCGCCCCAUUUAAAAAAGAAAAAAAGAAGAAAAAAAGUGAGGCAUGAACAGUAUUAAUUGCCUUGGACUUGUUACGGCAUAAAAAGGAGGAGGAGAAAAAAAAACUAAAACUUUUCCAGAAAUCCAACAAGUUCCCGACCUGAGCAAAGGAGCUGGGGUUUGGUGUAAAGGACGGUGCCCUGUGAACUGUAAGAAUUGUAAAUGUUAUAACGUUUAU